AAUAUUACCAACACAAUGAUAUGUUUUAUUAAUUGCAUACUUGGUCUGGUCUCCUUCUUCAGCGACCCGUUCCAGGUGCAUCAUGAGCGCAUGCGGCAGAUGAUGAGGGGUUUCGCUGACCCCUUCGGUCAGGGCUUCAUGCCCAGCAUCACAGACGACCUUCACAGGGGUCACAGGGGUCACAGCGCUGCGGCUCAACCCAACACCAGCCCAAGCGUCCGCAGUGACCGAGAGCUGGAUUUCUUUCACAGUCCUUUCUCUAUGAUGGACAGCAUGAGGAACAGGAUGGAGGCGAUGCAUAGAAAUUUUGAGAACAUGCCGUCAGACCCCAGUAGUCACUCGUACUCCUCUUCCUCCGUCAUGACGUAUUCAAAGAUGGGAGACGAGCCGCCCAAAGUGUUCCAGGCCUCGUCUCAGAGGCGCUGUGCACCUGGAGGAAUCAAGGAGACCAGGAAGAGUCUGAAGGACUCUGAGAGCGGACUGGAGAAGAUGUCCAUCGCCCAUCACAUCCAGGACAGAGGCCACGUCAUCGAGAGGAAGGAGAACAGAAAGACCGGGGAGAAGGAGCUCAACCAGGACUUCCAGAACAUGGAUGAAACGGAGGCCCAGUCCUUCGACGAGGAGUGGCAGCGCCAGGUGUCCAGGUUCAGGACGUCUACACCCAUGUCCCUCCUGGAAGCACAGAGACACCGAGCGGUCCACCGAGCGCCCAUCACCGCCCCACAGGACACACGCAGAGAGGACAGCGAAUCAAACCCAGCAGAAUGAACUCAACAUUAAAGGCUCUGGCAUGAAGAAGAAGAAGCACUAAAGCUCAUUCACAAUAAAACUCUCAGUUUCCUCACAUCUGCCAGUGUUUUCUUACGCCUGUUUGAGGACACACACACGAUAUCUGCUGGAGAACCAUCUGCAAACCCUGCUCUGUAAACAUUUGUAUAAUAAAAAUAAAGAAAAUAAAUUGCAUGAAAGUAGACUUAUUUUUAUAUAAAUGUUCCUCCAUUUGUGUUUGAGACACACGACUGUGUGAUGUUGUUGUCGAGCCACACUUCACUUUUUCACUUUUCAAGAGGAAUAUAAAAAACACUUAGUGUCAGAAUGAAAUAAUGUCACGUGCAAACAUGAAAUGUUGAAAAUAAUAAAGUUGUUGUUGACGUCUG